AUGUCUCAAAUCACCCGUCAUGGAGUGCGUACGGCUCAAGACUUGAUCAAGCCGUUGAUCAAUCGCACCCCCGUUCUGGUAUCCGAGAACCUUUCUCACAUGGCUUCGUCGCCAGAGUUAAACAUCAACUUUUACUUCAAAUGCGAGAACUUGCAGAAAUCAGGCUCUUUCAAGUUCCGAGGAGCUUCGAAUUUCAUAGCAGAGCAACCGAGCGAGAAACUAAAGAAGGGCGUAGUCGCUGUCAGCACAGGCAAUUUUGGCCACGCGGUGGCUCUUGCAGCAAAAACCGCUGCUCAAAAACGAAAUAUGACAAUUGAUGCAACGGUCGUUCUCCCCAAAACAUCUGCACCAUCAAAGAUCGAAGGCGCCAAGAAAAACGGUGGCAAGGUCGUUCUUGCCGGAGCAAAUCCAGAAGAUCGUGAUAAAACCGCCAAGAAGAUUAUCAAAGACACUGGUGCUAUCUUCAUUGGGCCCAUGGACGAUCCAAGCAUCGUCCACGGUCAAGCAACGACGACGAUGGAAAUGAUCGAGCAAGUGCACGAAAUGAGCGGACAGAGGCUUGACGCGGUAGUGUUACCUAGUGCGACGGGUGGUUUGCUCACUGGUGCUGCCGUGGUAUGCAAGGGCACUGAAACUUCCGUCUACGGAUGCGAACCACAAGAAGGUGGUCCAGAUUUGCAGAGCGGAAUUGAGUCUGGUGUUUUGUCAAAUCCCAAAAACCAAAAUAGUGUUGCAGACGGCUUGAGAGCAUCUACAUCGAAGGGCAACUUUGAUCUUAUUCGCCAGAAAGAUCUCGUCGCGGGAUUGUACACUGCAACAGAGCGCGAAAUCAAGAAAACAUGGCGUUUGCUCAUGGAGGAAUUGAAGUUGGUCAUUGAGCCCAGCUCGGCAGUAUCUGUUGCACUUCUGCUUUUCAACGCGGAGUUUCGCGCGAUGUUGGCAAAGCAAAGGAAGAAUUGGAAUAUUGGGAUUGUUCUCACGGGAGGAAAUACAACGGUCAGCAGGAUUACGGAGGAGCUUGGGGACUUUCAACCACGCUCGAUCGCUUCGGAGAAAGAUUGGAGUGAGAUGUAUGAACGAAGCGCCUGA